CUCACGGUGGGAGUGUUUCUCUUUUCUCCUCAAGGUGGGAGGUAACAAAUCUUAUAGCACGUUUCUGCGAAACGGAGGCUAAGGCGAUGACGGAUCCGAGUGUACGAGACUUAACAGCAGCGCUGGGGAAACACCUAUCUUUAACAGUGGAGGAGGAUGUGGGUUUAGAUCUGGACGACGGUGAUGAGGCGCAACGGAGUGGCGGCGGCGGACGGUGGUGCCUUGUUGGCACAGUGCUAACCCGAAAAAAGUAUAACCUUGAAGCUAUGGAGAACACGCUAGCAGGCAUCUGGAGACCUGUUAAGGGCAUGCACAUGAGGAUUCUUGGAAACAACUUUUUUGCUUUCUAUUUUUUUUAUCCGGUGGACAUGCAGCGGGUAUUAGCAGUUGGCCCUUGGCGUUUCGCAGACCAUGUCAUGGUUCUACAAGAAUCAGCGGGGGGUAGACCAGUGAAGAAAGAAGACUUAUUUGAGGUUCCUUUUUGGAUCCAAAUUCAUGGGUUACCACCUGAUCGUUUGACGGCUGCUACGGGCAGGAGGAUUGGAGGGUCAUUAGGGAGGCUAGUAGAUGUGGACACGGGGGAUGGCAUUGGGUGGGGAGUGGAAUAUAUCCGUAUUCGAGUCUUUAUUGACUCAAGAAAGCCACUGCGCAGAGGAAUGACGAUGACAGAGAAUGAAGGGCCUUUCUGGGUGGAUUUCCGGUAUGAACGACUCCCAAAUUUUUGCUACUGUUGUGGAAUGCUUGAUCAUGUUGAAAGAGAUUGCGAACUGGGACUAGAAUUGGAGAGCUUGGGGGUGAUGGAGCGCCCGUACAGCAGGGAUCUUCGUGCAGGUCCAAAAAGAGGCCAACAUGACGCUGCGUUACAAGUGGGGAGGUGGCUCCGUGAUGCUUCCGGUAACCCAGUGGUGACUGCGGCACGGCGGAGGUGGCCUAGCCAGUAUAUGGAAGGAAUGCCCAAUUUAGAAAGUCAGAAAUGUCAUGAUGAGAGCAGUCCUCAAAAUUGGCGUAUGAUUGAGACAGUAACUGCAGGAUUAAUUGACCGAGAUUGUUGCAGAGAUCUUCUGGAGAAUCCUGUGAAUCCUACAGACAGGGAGAUAAUCUCGCAACGAGAGAUCAAUCAUAUUAAAAUAGGGCACCACCAUCCAAUAAAAAAUGCAGUCGCUCAUGGAAAUAAUGAAUCCGAAUCAACCCCUUUUGUGUCAGAGGGGCACAAUCACAGGCAAGAGAGUGAUUCGAUGGGACCUAUUGACUUAUAUAAGGUGGAGCAACUACAUAAUGUGGGCUGUAAACAAGCCCAGGUGACACAUGAGGCUAGUUUGGGUAGCCAUGCGGCCCAGGCCCAUGACUCAAAUUCUAUUUUCUUAUUUACAUCCCCCCAAAGCAGUAAUCCUCCUCAUACGAGAGCAUGGAAACGAGAAGCUCGUAACAAGCCACUAUCGAAGGCCCAAUCUUCGCAGGCCAUUAGUAGAGUUAAAAGGAAGGAUGGCUUGUUUCAGACUACAGACAAUGAUCCAAUAGGCAAUGAGAAACGAGGACGAGGCAAAGGGCUUGGGAACCCUCGAGCAGUUCGUAGCCUCAUCGAGCUGGUGGGGUUGAAAAAGCCUAUAGUAGUGUUCCUUAGUGAGACACUGCUAGAUAAGAAAGGAAUGGAAUGUGUUCGACGGAGACUUGGUUUUCAGAAUUGUUUUACAGUUGCUCGUGUGGGGCGGAGUGGUGGUCUUGCUAUGUUGUGGCAUUCUACUGUGAAAUUGUCUUUACUUUCCUAUUCCCAGAAUCAUAUUGACAUGGAAGUGGAUGGUGUAGGCACUUGUAAGUGGAGAUUUACAGGUUAUUAUGGCCAUCCUGAGCGGCAAAACCGAAGGAAAUCAUGGGAGUUAAUUUGUGAAUUAGCCUCCCACUCUACUUUACCUUGGCUAAUUAGUGGCGAUUUUAAUGAUUUACUUCACCCAGAUGAGAAAAGAGGAGGUCAACCACAACCUGAUUGGAUGUUGCAGGGCUUCCAAGAAGUUAUUGAUAGUUGCUGCUUGAUAGAACUACGUAUGGUUGGUGGAAUGUUUACCUGGCGUCGGAAUGAUUUAAUGGAAAAGUUGGAUAGAGGCUUAGUUACUCAUCACUGGCAAUCAAUCUUCCCCGGUGCAAAGGUCAGGUUGUUGCCCCCUUUAUCUUCUGAUCACUCCCCUCUAUGGAUUACGCUUGCUGGAAAUUAUACCAGAAAUAAUAGAAGGAGAAGAAAAUUCAGAUUUGAGGAGAUGUGGCUCCGGGAUAACAAGUGCCAAGAGGUCAUUCAGUCGAGUUGGUCUGCCGUUGAAAGUGAUGGUGAGUGGCGUAGUCUGUUACAUAAGAUCCGCCUAUGCUCAGAAGACUUGGCACAUUGGAACAGCAUGCACUUUGGUCAUGUGCAGAAGCAGGUGAAGCAAUGUUUAAGAUCAAUUGAGUCUAUAAGACAGCAGCCAAUCUCGGAAUCCACAAUUGAAGAAGAGAAGAGACUGCUUACUGAAACAGAGGAAUGGCUUGAAAGAAUGGAGUUAAUGUGGCGUCAACGCUCUCAAGAAAUCUGGUUACAAGAGGGGGAUAGAAAUACUCGCUUCUUCCAUAAGAGAGCAUCAAGGCACAAGGAUCACAAUACGAUCAAUAAAUUGCAAGGUGAGGACGGGGUGUGGAAGUAUGACUUUAAGGAUCUCCAACAUAAUGAGUUUUUGCUUCGUGAUUUCACUGAGAAUGACAUUACACAAGCACUGUUUCAGAUGCACCCAUCAAAGGCACCAGGCCCUGAUGGUCUUUCCCCAGCUUUCUUUCAACAGUUUUGGAACAUUGUCAAGGAGGAUGUUGUGAGACCCUGUCUACAGUUCCUUAAUCAUGGAGGAGCCUUACCACAGGACUUGAAUUUUACUCAUAUUGUACUUAUUCCAAAACGCAAUGAACCUAGGACAAUGGCUGACUUAAGACCAAUAAGCCUAUGUAAUGUGGUGUACAGAAUUCUAGCGAAAGUGUUGGCUAACCGUUUUAAGCAAGUUCUACAGACAGUGAUCUCCCAAGAGCAAAGUGCCUUCUUACCAAAUAGGCUAAUUACAGAUAACUUCUUAAUUGCCUACGAAGUGCUUCACUAUAUGCGGAGUAGGAAGAAUAGAAAGAAAGGAUGGCAGGCAAUAAAAUAUGGAGUACUACUGAAUGGCAUGGAGAUAGGAGCAGUCAUGCCAACUAGGGGCCUCCGACAAGGUGACCCAUUAUCACCUUAUCUAUUUAUUCUAUGUGCUCAAGGUCUCACUGCUAUGAUCAAAGAGGCUGAAUACAGGAAGCAACUUCAUGGAAUCCGUAUCUGCCGGCAAGCUCCAAAAAUUUCCCAUCUCUUCUUCGUUGAUGAUAGUUUUCUUUUCUUACGAGCUACUGAAACUGAAGCAAAGAAUUUGAAGGCUAUUCUCCAAACAUAUGAGGAAGUCUCUGGCCAAGUUAUCAACUCACAGAAAUCUUCCAUCACAUUUAGCUGCAGUGUCCGGCAGGGAUUGAGGGAUAGUAUCUCGUGUAUUUUGAACAUGAUUGAGGCUGAACAACCAGGGCGAUACCUUGGCUUUCCAGCACUUGUGGGUCAUUCUAGAACAGCUACUUUUGCCAGCUUGAAAAGCAAAUUCUGGAAGCGUAUUGGUGAAUGGAGGGAACAGCCAUUAUCAAGAGCUGGUAGGGAAAUCUUAAUAAAAAUGGCUAUUCCGAAGAAGGACGGAGGCUUGGGGUUCCGGGCAAUGCAUGAGUUCAAUAUUGCUAUGUUAGGAAAGCAAGGUUGGAGACUUUUAACUAAUCCAGAUUCCCUAGCAGCAAGGGUUAUGAAGGCCAAAUACUAUCCUAGAACGGAUUUUUUACAUGCUCAAGUAAAGCCCACAUGCAGUCUUACAUGGAGAAGCAUUUGGACCUCUAUGGAUUUGUUGAAACAGGGUUGUCGGAAGCUUAUAGGAAAUGGACUCAAUACAGAGAUAUGGGGUGAUCUGUGGCUCCCGGGAAACUCACAGUUCCAUGUCCAAACACCAAAGCCUACUGGAUGUGAGCUUCGUUAUGUUAGUGAUCUCAUUGAAGAGGAAUCCCAUCAGUGGAAAGAAGAUUUAAUCUUGCAUACGUUUAGUGCUCAUGAAGCUCAAUUAAUUCUUUCUCUGCCUCUUAGCUGGACGAGGAUGGAUGAUAAUUGGACUUGGAACUUUACUCGGCAUGGAAAAUAUGCUGUGAGAUCUGGCUAUCAUAAAGCUAUGGAGAUGCGAGGCAACCGAGAUAGUCCUUCGAGUUCUUCCUCUAACUUUAGAGGUCGGCAGCUGUGGUCUAUGAAGGUGCCAGAAAAGGUACGUUUACUAAUGUGGAGUGCUUACCGUAAUAUUCUACCCACAAAGGACAACUUGCACCAUAGACAUGUUAAUGUUGAUUUAGACUGCCCUAUGUGUGGAAAUAAAAAGGAAUCCGUGCUACACUGUCUUUUGUACUGUGAAAUUGCACGGGCGGUAUGGAUGGGCUCCCCAUUGGGAAUUCGGGUGUCUGAAUUUCAAGUAGAUGACUUCGCUACCUUUUUUGACAAUAUUUCUUGUAUUUUCCAGAAGGAACAACUUGAGCUUCUUUGCAUUUUAUGCUGGAAAUUAUGGAAUUGCAGGAAUGAGACACUGUGGAUUGGUCGUCGGACAUCCCCCCAACAUAUCAUUGAACAUAGUAUCACUUUCCUGGGAGAAUAUAGGAAAUUAGUCUUAUCGAAAGGCAGGGGGGCUGCAAUGGUACAAAGGAGAAGUGAAAUGAGGUGGAGACCACCAGAGGCUGGCUUUAUAAAAAUAAAUGUGGAUGGGGCAAUUUUUGUGCAGAAUGGUGCAUAUGGGAUGGGUGCCGUAGCGCGAAACCAUCAAGGUGAAGUGUUGGCAGCAAUGGCGUGUAAGGGACAGGGAGCAGUAGCUGUGGAAAUAGCUAAAGCAUGCAGUCUACGUAUGGCACUACAAUGGGCUCAUGAUCUCACUUUCAGAAAGAUUUUUUUGGAAACAGAUUGCGUAAGCCUAGUGACAGCAAUCAACAAUGAAAUACUUUCCACAAAUUCAAGCCUCGGUGCUGUUCUUUUGGACUGUAGAGUACUAAUGACAUCCUUCAUGCAUUGCCAAGUCAACCACAUUCGUCGUGAAGGAAAUGCUGUUGCCCAUGAGCUUGCAAAACGAGCCCUCCAGGCUGAAGCAAAUGAGUACUGGAUAGAAGAAGUACCAGUUGACAGCGCAUCUUGUAACAGGAGAACAUAAUGCCUCAUGAUAUGUAUUCUUCCUGUUUAUAUUAUUUAAUAAAGUAUGUGUAGCAUU